CAUAUCAUUCCACAUCCAAAACAAGUCCUCAUAUCCUCUAGUGUCAUAUCCUCACUUUUCCUCCUCCCAUCUCAUUGUGAUCUUCACCAUUUUUCAGGCAAUAAUAGAGACAGAUAGCAAUGGCUAUUCGUUUUCCUGGUAUCAUACAUGCUAAGCACAUUCUCCGAAGAACAAACUCAUUUUCAAAGCAAGCAGCUUCAACAUCUUCUGAUGUUCCAAAAGGCUACCUUGCAGUAUAUGUUGGAGAGAGUGAAAAGAAGCGAUUUGUGAUUCCUAUUUCAUACUUGAACCAGCCCACAUUUCAACAACUGCUAAAAAAGGCCGAGGAAGAAUUUGGAUUUGAUCAUCCAAUGGGUGGUCUCACAAUUCCUUGCAGUGAAGACAUGUUCAUUGAUCUCACUUCUCGCUUAGAUGAAUUGUAACAUGCAGCAUUAAAAUAGAUGAGCAGUGACAAUUUUGUAAAUUUUUAUGUAAAUUUUUUAAUUCCUUUUGGCAGAAGAAGAGUUGGGCAUUGUAUACCCGUUAAAAAUAUUACAAUUAGAAAUAUUGCAUUUUCUCUCA